ACAGACCUGGUGGAGUUCACUGAUGAAGAAGGAUAUGGCCGCUACCUGGAUCUCCACGACUGCUACCUUAAGUUUAUCAACCUCAAGGGAGCUGAAAAACUGGAGUACAUCACCUACUUGUCUUCGUUUGACCAGCUAUUUGACAUUCCCAAGGACAGGAAGAAUGCUGAAUACAGAAAGUAUUUAGAGAUGCUGCUGGAGUAUUUGCAGGACUACACCGACAGAGUCAAGCCUCUUCUGGACCAGAACGAGCUGUAUGGGAAAGUGCUGUCAGACUUUGAUAAGAAAUGGGAGAACGGGACUUUCCCAGGCUGGCCUAAAGAGACGAGUAGUGCUUUGACACAUGCAGGAGCUCACCUGGAUCUCUCAGCUUUUUCAUCUUGGGAGGAGUUGGCGUCUUUGGGUCUGGACAGAUUGAAGUCUGCCCUCAUGGCUUUGGGACUGAAGUGUGGAGGGACUCUUGAGGAACGAGCGCAGAGGUUGUUCAGCACCAAAGGCAAAUCCCUUGAAUUACUCGACCCGUCACUGUUUGCCAAGAAUCCUAAAGCCAAGGGUCCUAAAAAAGACACAGAGCGUAACAAAGAAAUUGGCUUCCUUGAGGCUCAAGUCUAUGAAUAUGUGGAGAUUCUUGGGUAACAGAGGCAGCUGACUCACGAGAACGUGCAGAGGAAACAGGCUCGAACAGGAGAGGAACGUGAGGAAGAGGAGGAGGAACAGCUCAGUGAGAGUGAAAGUGAAGAUGAAGACAAUGAAAUCAUCUACAACCCCAAGAACCUUCCGCUUGGUUGGGAUGGCAAGCCAAUUCCCUACUGGCUCUACAAACUUCAUGGGCUGAACAUCAACUACAACUGUGAGAUCUGUGGAAACUACACUUACAGAGGGCCCAAAGCCUUUCAGAGGCACUUUGCGGAGUGGCGACAUGCUCAUGGUAUGCGCUGCCUUGGAAUCCCCAACACCGCUCACUUUGCCAAUGUCACUCAGAUUGAGGAUGCCGUGUCUUUGUGGGCAAAGCUGAAAUCCCAGAAGGCAUCGGAGCGAUGGCAGCCAGACACCGAGGAAGAAUAUGAGGACUCGAGUGGAAAUGUGGUUAACAAGAAGACCUACGAGGAUCUGAAGAGACAAGGCCUGCUGUAGGCCUAUGAAAAGAAGCAACAGUUUGAUUUUUAAUUUUUUUUUUUCCCAUAUUAGUUUAUUUGUAACAGUGUUUUUGAUAAACGUGUCACAUCUAAUAAAUAUGAUGAAUGCUUUUUCCA